AUGUGGCUGGUCAUUGUGGAUGAACACUCGAAGUGGCCGGAAGUCUUGCCAUUUCGAUCCACCACAGCUCAGGCAACGGUCGCGAGUCUACACACUGUAUUUGCUCGCUACGGCUGUCCAGAGGAGUUGGUCAGCGACAAUGGGCCCCAGUUUGUCGCCGCAGAAUUUGAAGCGUUCCUGCGCGCGAAUGGUAUCCGACACCGCACGUCAGCACCAUACCACCCUGCCACCAACGAGCUGGCAGAACGGUUUGUCCAGUCCUUCAAACGUGCCAUGAAGGCGUUCCCCGAUGCGAUGCCUUGUCAGGCAGCAGCGGACAAGUUCUUGAUCUCCUAUCGCAACACGGUCCACCCAACUACCGGCGAAACACCUUCCAACCUAUUAAUGGGCCGACGUUUGCGCACACGACUAGAUCUCCUACGCCCGGAUGUACGAACCCGGGUGGCAGCACAGCAAACAGCACAACAGAAAUCUUCACCCUCACGCAAAGUACACACGUUUCAGCUGGGAGAGUCAGUGCUCGUUCAAGAUUAUCGGAAACCGAACAAGCCAAGUUGGAUUCCUGCUACGGUAUCUGAGUGUUAUGGUAUGAGGUCGUACGUAGUGGAGACCGCAGAUGGUGGUAGCUGGCGGCGCCAUAUUGACCAGAUUCGACCUGGACAUCCCACGUUCACUACUGCGCCGGGGAGAGAGGAGGAGUCGGAAACUGUAUUACGACCGGAGCAUCCAGUAGAAACGGCACCAGCAACUGUUGCACCCAGUGUUGAGUUAGCAGCAUCCACCGAGACAGAAGCUGAAGCAGAAGUCACACCUACUGUGGUGUCAUCACCAACGCCUGUUGCACCACUGUCAUCCGAAGGAACGCCGGUGCUACCUGUAGUGCGGAGAUCGUAA